UAACUUCAAUCGACGCUCUAAGCCACCGCGAGCAUCAGUAUGAAAUUGCACCUUUAUAUUUAUGUUUCUUGUUUGACAACCAAUCUUAAGUUGACAAACGACAAGGUUUUCAUUAUUGUCAAACAAAAGUCAGUUUUCCAGAAAAAAACAUAACCUGAGGGAUAUUGGUGUAUAUAAAUAAUUUUUAAUGUUUUCCAUAAUAUAGCCAAAUUUUAGUUUAAAAAUGUAUCGUCUGAAUUGAUCUGCCAUGGCAAAUUUAAAACCUACUAACCAAAAUACUCGAAAAAAGGUUCAAGUUUCAAUGGUAAUAUGUGAAGCUGAAGAAAAAAGACACAGAUCAGGUGUGAAUGCUUUACAAUUAGAUCCAGCAUUAGAUAGGCUAUAUUCGGCCGGCAGAGAUUCGAUAAUUAGAGUAUUUGAACAUGAAAAGUAUUUUCAUGGAAUGGAACACCACACUGAUUGGGUUAAUGACAUUGUACUGUGCUGCGGCGGGAAACACUUAAUAUCAGCUAGCUCAGACACAACUGUGAAAGUAUGGAAUGCUCACAAAGGAUUCUGUAUGUCAACCCUUAGAACCCACAAAGAUUACGUGAAAUCUUUGGCAUAUGCUAAAGAUCGAGAACAAGUAGCUUCUGCAGGAUUGGAUAAAUCUAUUUACCUAUGGGAUAUUAAUACUUUAACGGCUCUUACAGCUAGUAAUAACACUGUUACGACCUCCAGUUUGAUUGGCAGCAAAGAAUCAAUCUACAGUUUAGCUAUGAAUCCAACAGGUAGUAUCAUAGUUAGUGGAUCUACAGAGAAAGCUUUAAGGCUAUGGGAUCCUAGAACAUGUGCCAAAUUGUUUAAAUUAAAAGGUCAUUCUGACAAUGUGAAGGCUUUGGUUGUCUCACGAGAUGGCAAUCAAUGUUUAUCAGGUAGUAGUGAUGGAUCAAUAAAAUUGUGGAAUCUUGGAUCCCAAAGAUGUGUACAAACUAUUUUAGUUCAUACAGAUUCCGUUUGGGCAUUAUUGGCAACAGAAAGCUUUAGUCAUGUUAUUUCAGGUGGAAGAGAUAAGAAGGUGAUAAUGACAGAUCUGAAAAAUACCGCAAACAGUAUUACAGUUUGUAUAGAAGAUGCUCCAAUUUUAAAAAUGUGUUUCACAGCAGAUCAUCAAGCAGUGUGGGUUUCUACUUCCGAUUCUAGUAUUAAGUGUUGGAAACUUCCAACAGAUAAGCAUUUCAAAGAAGAUCUUCGAAUGCCCUCAACUCCAGUAUCAUUAAUACAGGGUGGCGCUGCAAUCAGGCAAGCAGUGAUUUUAAAUGAUAAAAGACAUAUUUUAACAAAAGAUACUCUAGAAAAUGUUGCAGUAUAUGACGUUCUUAAGGCUAGUAAAGUAGAAGAAUUGGGUCAAGUUAAUUUUCAAGAAGAAGAAAAAAAUCGUUUUAAAAUGAUUUACGUUCCCAAUUGGUUUAAUAUAGAUUUAAAAACGGGGAUGUUGACCAUACAUUUGGGACAAGAUGAAGUGGAUUGCUUUUCGGCUUGGGUAUCCGCAAAAGAUGUUGGAAUCCAAGAUUCGCCAGAUCUUGAUCAAAAAGUAAAUUAUGGUAAACUACUACUUCAAUCCCUAUUCGAACAUUGGAAAGGAGCCGAGGUUGAUUCAGAAAAUAAACAAAAAUUUUUUAGUAUCCCUAAACAUAUUCCUCUUAUUUUGAGUGAGGUUGGUGGACGAACACUAUAUCGUGUACUGGUAGGUGAUACAUCCGGUGAAACCGAAAAUGCCUUACUAAACGAGACUGUACCUGGUUGGGUUGUAUCCAACAUAGAGGAAAAUUCUCAAAAUAAAUUUAUAAAAGUACAAUUUUAUCUUCAUCCCCAUUCCAGUGUACCUUCACAUCUUUUAAAACAAGAUCGCAUGAAAAAGCCAGAUCGGCUUGUAGCAAAUGAUUUUAUUCAAUGUCGAAAAGUAGCUGAGCAUAUUUUAGAAAAACUAUUGGGUGACGGAACUGCCAGUUCUCCCGGAUGUGGAGAUGCUGAUACAUCAUCUCCAUCAAAUAAUGGUUACAAUGUAGAUCAAAUCGAAUUAACAUGUAAUGAACAGGUACUGGAUCCUGCUAUGGAUCUGAGAACAGUUAAACAUUUUAUAUGGAAGUCAUCAUCCGACUUAACAUUGUACUAUAAAAUUAUAAAUAAAUAAUAGUAUGUUUUCAUUUACUUUUA